UUUUAAGUUGGAAAACCCAUCCAUCUUAGCGGGCAGGUAUAUCCGACGUCUCCGUUGAAGGCCUUUGGUGAGGUGGCGUCGUCUCUUGAGGUUUAUGUCCGGGAUCAGGGCUGCUUCUCCACUUGGGGUCACAACCUCUGGCUCACCACCUUGUCCGGAGCCAGCCCACUAAGUCACGUUUCAGGCCUGAAAACCAACAACAAAAGAUCCAUAAAGACAGAAGUCCUGGGACUGGCUCCUAACGACCGCCAGUGACAAGCUUUGUGGCAGUGAGCACAGGUGUCCCUCAGGCUCAGCUCAGUCCCUGUGGGUUGCAGGACCUGCCCUUGGAGGUGGGCCCGGGCAGGAGGUCUUGGGGCCUCAGGACCUGGGCCACCUGGGGCCUUUUUUUUUUUUUUUUUCUUUUUGAGAUGGAGUCUUGCUCUGUCGCCCAGGCUGGAGUGCAGUGGUGUGAUCUUGGCUCACUGCAAGCUCCACCUCCUGGGUUCAAGCGAUUCUCCUGCCUCAGCUUCCUAAGUAGCUGGGGUUACAGGCGCCCACGAUCAUGCAUGGCUAAUUUUUGUAUUUUUAGUAGAGGCGGGGUUUCACCAUGUUGGUCAGGUUGGUCUCAAACUCCUGACCUCGUGAUCUGCCCACCUUGGCCUCCCAAAGUGCUGGGAUUACAGGCGUGAGCCACCGCGCCCAGCCCACCUGGGGCAUUUUUGUUGCUGUACAAUAGAAACAAGUUCUCUAUAUGUUCCCCAGGCUGGUCCAAACUCCUGGGCUCAAGUGAUCCUCCCACCUAGACCUCCCAAAGUGCUGGGAUUUCAGGCAUGAGCCGCUGUGGCCGGUCAGAACCUGGGGCCCUUUUGAACUUUGAUUCCUCAGCAAUUUUGUCAGCCCUGGCUUGGGCUGAGAAGCCCCUGUGAAGCCCAGAGAGGGAAAGGAACAUGUCCAGGAUCACACAGGAAUCAUGCCUCGAGCCUCCCCAGCCACGGACUUGUCUCCAUCCAGGGCAUUUCAGCCCCUGCAAGGGCAGUGGCCUGCCCCUCCUCCUUGGAGCCAGGAAGGGAUGCAGUGCCACAGGGAUCUGGCUCUGUCCCAGGCCCUGUGGGGCUGGCAGUUGAGUAAGCAGUCAGGCUGGGCGCACCCAUCCCUCCCCCACUCCCCACCGCCCCGCAUAGUGCAUUCAUGCAGCUGGGCCCCGCCCCGUCUCCAGAGGCACCUUCCACUAGCAACAGUCUCCCCAGGCACAACACAGCUAACACAAGGCCCCGCAGGCAGGACUCUGGGACAGACACAGGCCAGCUGCCCAGAGCCCAGACCAAGCAUGGAUGCUGUGGAUGCCACCAUGGAGAAACUCCGGGCACAGUGCCUGUCCCGCGGGGCCUCGGGCAUCCAGGGCCUGGCCAGGUUUUUCCGCCAACUAGACCGGGACGGGAGCAGAUCCCUGGACGCUGAUGAGUUCCGGCAGGGUCUGGCCAAACUCGGGCUGGUGCUGGAUAAGGCGGAGGCAGAGGGUGUGUGCAGGAAGUGGGACCGCGACGGCAGCGGGAUGCUGGAUCUGGAGGAGUUCCUUCGGGCACUGCGGCCCCCCAUGUCCCAGGCCCGGGAGGCAGUCAUCGCAGCUGCAUUUGCCAAGCUGGACCGCAGUGGGGACGGCGUCGUGACGGUGGACGACCUCCGCGGGGUGUACAGUGGCCGUGCCCACCCCAAGGUGCGCAGUGGGAAGUGGACCGAGGACGAGGUGCUGCGCCGCUUCCUGGACAACUUCGACUCCUCUGAGAAGGACGGGCAGGUCACACUGGCGGAAUUCCAGGACUACUACAGCGGCGUGAGCGCCUCCAUGAACACGGAUGAGGAGUUUGUGGCCAUGAUGACCAGUGCCUGGCAGCUGUGAGCAGCUCCGGCUCAGCCCUGCUACCCUGGCCUGUCACUCCCAACCCCCGCCGGAGACCUCCCUUCCCUGGGCCCCUUCUCUCCUGGGUAGCCACACCACACAGCAGGGAGGGGCAGGUGGGGGAGUGGAGGCUGCAGGACUGGCUAGACCAGGUCCCUGUUGGGCCACCAGGCGGAGGUGGGACAAAGGUCCUAACAGGAGUCACUGACUCAGGACCCCAGGGAGAAACGCUCUCCCCACCCACGCCAUGCUGACCCGAGGCCUUGAAGCCCCUGCGGACGCCCCCGCCGAGGUCCCCCGAUCCCCCCACCCGGACUGCUGCUCCCCGCCCCUCCCUUGCGGGUCCUCCAGGAAGCCAGGUGACCCCGGGUGGGAGGCUGUGUGUAGAGGCCACCCUGGAAGGAAGUUUAGACCUGCCCAGGUGUGGAGCGAGGGGCAAGGGGGCAUCCUAACCUCAGAAACCAAAAUAAAGCCUUUGAAAAAAAACAUCUGUACAACAUCAAUCCCCAAUCAGAAGAUGGCAAAUGGGGAAUAAAACUAGCAGUUAACACGUC